UUUGCCCAGGGAUAUCUCAUCGUUGGAACUCUUUUCCUCCCCCAGGUUGGCAAAGCCCUCUGUGUGCUCACCUCUGAAGGCAGAAGAACGUAUGCUGUCAGGAGGAUAAGAGAUGCCUUCAGAGAAAACAAAAAUGUAAAGGAUCCUGUAGAAAUUCAAACCCUAGUGAAUAAAGCCAAAAGAGACCUGGAAAUAAUUCGUCGACAGCCUCCACUGAGAACAGGGCCCUCACCGGAUGUGUUCCCUGGACCUUGGACUUCCCAGCCUCC